CCAAAAUAAGCAAAUUUGGCUUUCAUUUCUAUUCAUUAUUACGCCUGAAACUCACUUUCCUUUCCCCUCCUACCCUGUUGCUUCCUGUGCUUUACUGCACCUUUCUCUUAGGAAAUAUACCCCACCCACCCCCGGUUUAGCCGGUGCACCCCUUUUUAUCUUUCUAUCUGUUCUACUACAAACAGACGACAAUCUCCAUGCUGGCAAAGAUUCCAUCUUUAAUUGUCCCCGCCCCCCACGCCACACUCCCCCUAGCAUACUUCUUGUUCUUCCCCAUCUGUUCUUCUUGUCACUCCAACCUAAAAAUUCUACUACUGCUCACUCAUUCGUUCUACCAUUCCCCCCAUCCCUUUCUUUAUUUCAUUCUCACAACCUCACCCCUACGCCCCCAUCAUUUUUUAAUUUAUUUUUUUAUUUACCAACAAUCAUUCUCCAUCCAAGUCUCUUUCUUUAUUUAUUUCUUUUGUAGAUUAGUAUAAUUAAAUUAAAUUAAUAAUGGGGUGCACCAGCUCCAAGAUUGAUGAUUUACCGGCGGUUGCUCUUUGCCGUGACCGUUGUGCUUUCUUAGAUGAAGCUAUUCACUACCGUUACGCUCUUGCUGAAGCACAUCUUGCUUAUCUUCACUCCCUUAAAACUGUUGGCCUUUCUCUCCACCACUUUUUCCAACAAAAUGCCAGUCUUGAUAGUGAACCACCUUCCCCUGAACCCCCUAAAAAACCUCCUCCUACUUCUGCUGUUGCUCCCGCUCCUCCUCCUCCUGCUGUCAUUGAUCAGAAUAAUCAAGAUUCUAACUCUAGUAAUGGGUCACAUCUUCAUUUUCACUCGGAUUCCGAUGAGGAUGAAGAGUCCGGUUCUGAAUCUUUACAUCAUCACUUAGAUAAUACUCGCAUUCCAGUUUAUCAGUACGGCCAGUUUAGUUAUGGGGAUCAUGAAAUGCUUGGUUUAGGAGGACCUUAUCCAGUUGGGGGAAGUGGGGGUGGUGGUGGUUUUAUGCAUAUGAAUUUCAUGAGGAAUCAACUUACGCCGUCUGUUACAUAUGAACAACGGCCGGUGCGUACGGAGACUGUUCGUAUGAGUGAAGCUUCUUCUUCUUCGUCUUCAUACUACCGUUAUGAGGAUUAUCCCAAUUACGGAGGCGGAUAUUUUUACUCAUCCACGCCGGUGUCGGGAGCGGAGGGGGCGGGGCCGUCAUUGGCUCCUUCAAGUUCGAAACCACCUCCGCCUCCACCGUCUCCUCCGAGGAGUUCACCUUGGGAAUUCUUGAAUCCUUUUGAGACUUUUGAGAGCUAUCCUGUGUACCCACCAAGCAGAGACUCGAGAGAGGUUAGAGAAGAGGAGGGCAUACCUGAUUUGGAAGAUGAGGAGUUUGAACAUGAGAUUGUUAAGGAAGUUCAUGAGGAUCAAAGGUUUGUGGAUGAGGGUGCAGGUGGAAGCAAUUCAAAGGCAGUUGAGGAGAAUGAGAACGAAAAGACAACUGAUUCUGGAUCAAUACACCAGUCGAGGCCAAGUUCAUCCACGGAGAAUGAUGGCCCGAUUGAGUAUGAGGUGCACGUAGUGGAUAAGAAAGUGGUUGAUGAGGAGAGUCGGGGAAAUGUAGCUGGUUCUAAGGCUUGUACUUUCCAUGGUGAUUCUGAUGUUGUGAAGGAGAUUCAGGUUCAAUUUGAGACAGCUUCUGAAUCAGGGAAUGAGCUUGCUAAGAUGCUCGAGGUUGGAAAACUCCCUCAUAACCGUAAACACGCCACAUAUCAAGUUUCUUCCAAGAUGUUGCACGCGAUUACUCCUUCCUCAUCUGUACUCUCGCUACCUUCUACGUCAAAGAAUGAUGCGACUGAGAUUGAUGAUCAUGCCAUUUUAGAUGUAGAAGGAGAUAUUAGUUCAAGGCCUAGAAACAUUUCUUCUACAUUACAGAAGCUGUACCUCUGGGAGAAGAAAUUGUUUGAGGAGGUUAAGGCAGAGGAGAAGAUAAGGGUGCUGCAUGAAAGGAUGAGUCGAAAGCUGAAGCAAUUAGAUGAAAAGGGUGCUGAGUCUCACAAGGUUGAUAUGACCAGAAAAUUGGUUAUAAGUCUCUCCUCAAAGAUUAGAAUUGCAAUUCAGGUAGUUGAUAAGCUUUCUGAGAAGAUAAACAAACUGAGGGAUGAAGAGUUGUGGCCACAACUGAAUGAACUCAUUCAGGGGUUAAGUAGAAUGUGGAGAUCCAUGCUUGAGUGCCAUCACUACCAAUGCCUAGCCAUUGGCGAAGCAAAACGGUUAGAUGCCAUUGCAUCUCACAGACACUUCAGUGAUGCUCAUCUUGAAGCCACUAUGCAACUUGAACAUGAGCUUUUGAACUGGACUUUGAGUUUCUCUUGUUGGGUGAGUGCACAGAAGGGCUACGUGAGAGCAUUGAACAAUUGGCUUAUGAAGUGUCUCCUCUACGUGCCAGAAGAAACAGACGAUGGAAUAGCUCCCUUUUCUCCUGGCAGGAUCGGUGCUCCCCCAAUUUUUGUAAUUUGUAAUCAUUGGUCACAAGCAUUUGAAAGGGUUUCUGAGAAAGAGGUGGUUGAUUGUAUGCGAGAUUUUGCUACAAAUGUGCUUCAGCUCUGGGAGCGAGAUAAGCUGGAAUUACGCCAAAAGAUGAUGGUGAACAAGGAUAUGGAGCGACAAGUGAAGAACCUGGAGAGGCAAGACCAGAAGAUGCAAAAGGGGAUUCAUGCACUAGACAAAAGAAUAGUUCUGAUUUCUGGUGAGGAAACUAGUCUUUCAUUGAGUAGGCAUGUUUACCAGAGCGAGACUAGCAAAAAUUAUAGCUUUCAGGUUGGUCUACAACGUAUAUUUGAGGCCAUGGAAAGGUUUACUGCUAACGCCUUGAAGGUGUACGAGGAGCUUUUGCAACGUAUUGAGGAGGAUAGACUUGCUCGAGAGCCUGAGGCAGUGUCGUAGCAUUGCUUGCCCUUUCCUGGGGGUCGGUUAUGCUUAAUCUCUAAUGAGAAGUUAUAGAGAUUCCAGGUUAGGGGACAAAGGAAAUGGAGCAGAAGAUUCCUUUAUUGCCUCGUCGGACUUGCUACCUUUGCUGUAGCAUUGUUUCUGCUUGAUUAGUUUCAUCCUCCUCCGCAGAAAAGAGAGAGAGGCUAGGCUGACAGUGAUAUGCCUUUUGAGUCAUUGCCACUGGAACUUUUUGCAAUGGUCAGACCAGAGAUUCUCGAACUUUCAAUUUUAGCAGUCAAAUCCCAAUAAUGAACAUAUCAGGCAGGCAAUGUUUAGAGUUGAAAUCUGAAAUUAGUUCCGUCUGCUGGAGAUACAGAUGGUCCUGAAGUCCAGGCACCAAGAUGGGGUGUUGGAAAAAGGGGAAGG